UCCAAUUACUGAAUAAAAAAACAUUUUCUGGGGAAUAAAGAAACGUCUUCGGGUUGUCAGUCCAGUGUAUAUUACUAAUAACAGAGUUGAAAUUGCAGAAAAACCCAGAGCGAACCCGAUGUCUAAAAAGUUUAACCUAGAGCAAAACUGAUAAGUUCAACCUGAGUGAAAAAACAAACGUUUUGACAGCCGUUCGAUUGGAACAUUCAACUGGUCUGUUGUUACAAGGUUAUAAACUCAUUGUUUACGUAUUCAUCUGUUAUCGUUGAUUGUUUAAAAACGUUACUUUCACUGCAUGGUUUCGUCAUUCGAUCGAGUCCUUAUCAUCUAAAAGAGCAAACAAUUUAGUUCGAAGCAAACAAAAUAUAGUCUGUUUAAUUAGCCUCGCAGUUGCAGUUGCAGUUACUAGCGAAAUCUUACACGGAUCAUACCGCAAAAGUGAACGAAUAGAAAAAAUGUCCAACGCGGAUUUUUUUGGCUACCGGUCCCCACUGAGCACACGAUAUGCCAGUAAGGAAAUGCAAUAUUUGUUUAGCGAACAGAAUAAAUUUUCUACAUGGAGAAAAUUGUGGAUAAUUUUGGCAAAGGCACAAAAAGAAUUAGGACUCGAUAUCAGCGAUGCUCAGAUCACUGAAAUGGAGACCCACACAGAGGACAUCGAUUUCAAGGCAGCAGCCGAAGAGGAAAAGCUCACUCGGCACGAUGUGAUGGCCCAUGUGCAUGUGUUUGCUAAGCAAUGUCCAGUGGCAGCUCCUAUUAUCCAUCUCGGGGCCACAUCCUGUUACGUUGGCGACAACACCGAUUUGAUAAUUUUGAAAUCUGGUUUGCAGCUUCUGCUGCCGAGACUUGUAGGGGUUAUCAAGAGAUUGUCGGAAUUUGCGGUCGAGUAUCGAGAACUGCCUACGUUAGGCUUUACUCAUCUUCAACCGGCUCAGUUGACAACAGUUGGGAAGCGUUGCACUCUUUGGAUUCAGGAUCUUCUAAUGGAUGAGCACGCUUUGAGGAAUUGCUUAGACAAUCUACGCUUCCGUGGUGUUAAAGGGACAACAGGAACUCAAGCAUCAUUCCUGCAGCUGUUUGCUGGAGAUGGAGAAAAAGUUAAACUAUUGGAUAAGAAAGUUACUAAGCUGGCUGGAUUCGAGCGGUACUAUGCAGUCACUGGACAGACUUAUUCAAGAAAAGUGGAUCUGGAAAUUGUGUCAGCUCUGUCAAACCUUGGAGCUACGAUUCAUAAAAUGUGUUCGGACUUACGCUUGCUGGCAUCUCGGAAAGAAAUUGAAGAACCAUUUGAGCAAACCCAAAUCGGUAGCUCAGCUAUGGCUUACAAACGUAACCCGAUGCGAUCAGAGCGCUGCUGUGCUAUUUCUAGACAUUUAAUUACUUUAUACGCUAAUGCUGCCAAUACACUAGCCGUACAGUGGCUCGAACGUACACUGGAUGACUCUGCAAAUCGUCGUCUAACGCUGUCUGAAGCGUUUCUAUCAGCAGAUGCUUGUCUGCUGACGUUGUUAAAUAUCUCGCAAGGGUUGGUGGUGUAUCCGAAGGUAAUCGAACGCAACAUCGCCCACGAAUUGCCAUUCAUGUCUACUGAGAAUAUAAUUAUGGCCAUGGUGAAGGCAGGUGGAGACAGACAGGUGUGCCACGAAAAGAUUCGCGUUCUGUCUCAUGAAGCCGGAGCACAGGUUAAGCAACACGGCAAGGAUAACGACCUGGUGGAGCGUAUCAAAGCUGAUGCGUAUUUCGCACCUAUUUUGAGUGCUUUGGACACAAUUCUAGAUCCCAAAACGUUUACCGGUCGGGCCGCUGAUCAAGUACUUGAGUUCGUCCGCGAGGAAGUGGACCCGGUGCUGCAGAAAUAUGGCAGCAACAUCGAAACCAAAACGGUAGGGUUGGCGAUCUAGAGGCUAAAAGUUAAGAUUUCGAUGUAAAUGUGGUUUAUCUCAUGAUUUAUAUUUGAUAUGCUGAAUGAUAUAAAGAGAAGCUUUGAACUAUUCA